UUCUUCUUCUAAUAAUGAUCUCAACAAUAUUCAUCAUUCAGCGGGCGUUUGCCAGGCUAGUAAUCAAGGACAAGGACAUGUUCAACAUGGGCAGGGGCAAACUUCUUCCACAAGCCAUCUACCUGCUGCCAUCGGCGCAGCUGUUGUUGCUCUUCAGCAAAAUCAUCAUCAAGCUGUAGGACAAGACGUUGCUGUGUCUGCUGAAGGCGAUGCGGCUGCUGCAGCUUCAACUAUUGGAUAUCAACCGCAGGCACCGGCUGCACAAGCUGGCCACAUCACUGUCGUGCAGCCUGGGGAAGUUCAGAGUACUGACGUGAGCACCAGCACUACGCAUCAGGUUGCGGCUCCAGGUGCAGCUGAUCACGCUGCGGAAGUUCCUUCUGCAACGACCGAAGGACCUCCAGUUCGUCCUGAGUCUGAAGUUGCUCGUCUGGAGUCUCACGAAAAGAAGAAGAAAUCGAAAAAGGAUAAGAAAGCAGCUGGCGAUGAGAAUCAGAAGCAAGACGAGAAGAAGAAGAAGAAAGGUAAAAAGGAUAAGAAAAUCAAAGAUGACGAUGACGCCAAAGGCCCCACUGAUGAUGUAGGUGGUGAUCACGAGAAGAAGAAAAAGAAGUCUAAGAAGGAGGAGAAGAUCGCACCGAAAAACCAAGACGCCGCUGCUGAUAAGAACAACCAAAAACAGGAUACGCCUUUUCUUCAUACGACUCCUACGUCAACAUUCUCAGGCCCUGGCCCCAUUUUUGUGAGUGGUGUGUUUAUCAAGCAGGAACUUGUGGAGAGCGAUUCUGCUGGGGACACUGCUGGGGAGGAAGUCCCGCAUGAGGUACUUGCAUUUUUAGCGUCGCGCUUUUCUUUGCAGCUUUAGAACAAACUAAACGUUUUCUUUCUUUGUAGUCGUUUCGGUAGAACCACCUAGAGUGACGCGCAAUUGAAGUCGAAAUCAUGAAAAUAGGUUUUAGUAUAAAUGGCCUCCAUAUACCAGGUUGGUCCUGCUAUCACGACUGCCGCCAUUUCAGGGGAUCAAGAAGGCAAUCUUUUAGCAUCCACCUCAGAAGAGGAUAACGCACAUCAAGAGCAAGCAAAGGCCUCUGGUUCUACUACUGGGAAUGCAGUGCAGCCCAUUAUUGGGGCUGUAGAUGUAGCUGUAGGUGGUGUGGUUCAGGCGAAACAGAUUGCAGACAUUUAUGGUGGAACGAAUCCUACUACAGGCGCAGCUACCACUUCGCAGCAUCUGGCGCAGCAGGGCCCUGUCGCCGCGCGGGAUAUCACUAUGCAACAAGUUCAACCUGGCACCCAGUUACAACAUCAGAACAUGAGUAACAAAACUAACAGUCCUCCUUCUACGCAGACUGGCACUACUACGGGUGUUGCCCUCGACGUGCAUCAAUCUGCAUCAAAGAAAGGGGCUUUUCAGAAUACUACUAACAACGUCGCGAAACAAGCUGAGGCAGGUGCACCCGCGUCGCCGUUGCUACCCGCUGUUGCUACCGGUGUAGUUGUAAACUCGAGCAAGAAUGUCAC